AUGUCAAAUACUCAAACUAUUAUUUAUAAUAACAAUAUACGUUCAGAUAAUCAAGUGUGGAGCUUUAAUAUGAACAAUAACAAUAAUAAUAAGAGUAGUAGUAGUAAUAAUAUUAUGAAUAAUUUGAAUAAUUAUCCAUAUUCACCACCGUUUAAUCCAAGUAAUAAUGGAAUUAGUAAUAAUAUCGUUCCAAAUAAUAAUUCAAAUUCAAAUUUGAGAUUCAUAUCUCCAAUCAAUAAUACUUUCGAUAAUAGUAACAAAAGUGGUAACAAUAGUCCAACUGUUGAUACUAGGUACAGAUCACUGCCGUCUCCAUUACUAAGCACAAAAGAUAGCAAUAACUACAGCAUCAAUAAUAAUAUAUUACAAGGUUAUGAUAAUAAACCAUAUAUACCAACAAUAUUGAGCAACAGUAGUUCUGGAUCUAAUGGCACAGCUGCUCCUGCUCCUGCUCCUGUUAAUAUAAAUAAGCUGCCAUUUUCAUUGCCACCAACUGCUAUUUCAUCAUCACAGAAUCUACAAGUUAAUAAUCCAUUAAAUAACCAUAUUGGAAUGGCUAGGCCACUUAUUACAAAACCAACUAUAAAUAGUCAAAAUAUUGUAAAUCAAAAUGGAAGUCAUAUGCCUUACCAAAAUGGCUAUAAUGAAUUACCUCAUCUACGAAGAACUAUUCCAGAAAUAAUGAACCAGCACCAAGCAUUCAAUAAUUCAAAUGCUAGCAUUAUCGUAACUUCAAAUUCUGCACAGUAUUCAAUGCAAGCUCAGAAAUUCCAUACACAAAUAAUGAAUUCAAAUACAAGAAAAAAUACUCAAGAAACUAUAGCUAAGUCAAUCGCAGAAAAAUACAAAGAUAAACCAAUUUCUGAAUAUGUUCCAAUAGUGAGAAAUUCAGAAAUGGAAUUUUUAAAGUUAAAUUCAAAAACUCAUUCCAAAUCUACAAUUCAGAUUGCUGAACAAAUGCGUAAAAAAGAAAGGCAAGUUUAUGCUUUUAUUUGGUUAAUGCAAAAUUGUGUAUCUGAUGAAACCAGUUUUGUUCCAAGAGGUAGAAUCUUUUCACAAUAUGCUUCAUCAUGUGUACAUAAUUCUUUGAAACCACUAUCACAAGCAUCUUUAGGGAAACUGAUUAGAUCUGUAUUUCCAAAUUUAAAAACAAGAAGAUUAGGUAUGAGAGGUCAAUCUAAAUAUCAUUAUUGCGGUUUGAAACUUGCAAAUGAUACUCAAACUCAAAAUGAGAUAUUGAGUGAUGAAGAUAGUGUUAUUAGUACUGAUAAAAAGUCAAACAUAAUAAUCAGUGGUGCUUCUGAAAAUUUGCCUGGUAGCCCAAUAAAUGGCUCCGAAGAUCCAAAUAAUGAAUCAAAAUUGCAAUAUCUUUCUCCAAAUACUAAAUCUGAUAUGGAUGGUUCAUUUUCAAAUGAUAACAGCUCUUUGGAAAAUGAUGAUAUUUUUUCACCUUCUUCUAAUAAUUCAUCCAAUUCUCCUUCAAGAUAUUGUAAAGAUAAGCAACCAACUAUCACCAAUAAUGAUGAAAUACUAAUAUAUCUUUAUUCAGGUAAUGACUUGCCAUUUGUUAAUGGUAACCUAUACGAUGUAAUUUUCAAUGAUGACGAGGUGAAAUCUUCUAAUUUCAAUCUAAAAUAUCCUCAAAUUCCUUUAGAAUUAUUAAAAGAUGAUAUGGAUAGAGACAUUGUGUCUUCUCUGGAAUCUAUGUAUUAUGCUCAUUGUAAUACAUUGUACCAAAAUAUUCGCUAUUUAAAAUUUGAUGAAAUUGAAAAUUCUUUAUCAAUAUUCAGUUCAGGAUCGAUUUCUCCGCAAAUGUAUAAUUUAUUCAUUUCGAAUAAGUUGAGUGAUUGGGUAGCAGAAUGUGAUAUGAUCGUACAUUCCUAUCUGGUAAAGUUUCUAUCAAGUAUGCUAGUUAAUCACUUCAUUGACCAACAAGAUGGUACUUUGUCGGAACUUUCUUUAAAAAAUCUAGAACAAUUUGCAGAUUCAUAUUCUAAUAUGCUUGAGAAAUCAAUUAUCGAUUUACCAAGAACUACUGCUAAUAAGAAAUUAAAUAUUGCUAAAAUGUUUUCAAGAUUAUUAAAAAAAUUAAUAUCUUUGCUACGGAUAAUUAAAACAUUCAGCACCACAAUCGUUACCAUAAAAGAAAUGGAUGAGGACACAUUAUCUGUGAUUGAUUUUGAUAAUGUAAUGGAUAUUCUUGAUUCAGAUGUUACACCAGAUAGAAGAAUAGAGAUUAGAAAUUUUGUUAUUACUGAAAUGCAAGCUUUCAUCAAUGACAUAAAUAGUGAUAAUAAUGAAACUUCAAAUGCUGAUAAAGGUGAAAUGAUCUUCUCUCGUAUAGCAAAAUCCCUUUGUGAUUUAUUUUCAAAACUAGAGAAUACACCUGUGAUAAAAAUUAUGUGCAAUGCAGUUAGAAUUACGGAUUCAUUGAUGACCGAACUUUCCAUAAAACCUGUUGAUAAUCUUUUGCCAUGGUUUUUAUACAAUACACUGUCACAUCAUUUAUUUUUUAUUUAG